AUGGCCAGCCCGGCGUCAGUUUCUAAUGUUCGGAAGAGGAAACAAGCGAAGGUGAUGGAGAAGAGGGGAUCGAAGAGGAUCCGGUUUUCGGCUAUGGAUUCCUUCGACAUUGAUGUCAUACGAAAGGCUGGAGCGACGGGUCAAGGGAAUGCCUCUUCAGCCAUCCCCCAAGUCGUGGGAAGAGAAUUAUCAUUCUCCAUGCCGGGUCGGCAGCUGGAUGGCUCCCCAACACUACUUUUGUCAUCGAUGAAUAUUGCAGAGUCAGGAGCUGAUUACCACUCGGACAUGAAUUCCUCCCUGUUUGAGAUUUGGGUGAAGAAGAUGCUUCUAGAAAAUCUGCCCGAGGGAGAUUGUGUUGUAGUGAUGGAUAAUGCCCCAUACUAUUCUCGGAGGAUAGAUGGGAUACCUACCAAAUCAUCAAGCAGAAGUGACAUCAUGAAAUUCAUUGGAGAGCAUGACGUCAUCGUGCCUGAGGAUCAGUGGAUGAAGGUGGCUGGAAUCAAGCCAACAAAGGCAAUGCUUCUUGACCAUGGUGAUGGAAGUGAAACUUGCUGGUCACAAGCCAGUUAUGGUGCUCAGAUGCUGCAUGCACUCCUGGGCUACACUCCAAUCAUCUCAGCUUUUCAUCCUCAACCGCUCUCUGCUCUCUUUGUUCAAUCUGAGCUAUACCAGGAGAUGGAAAACCACAUCUUUCAAAUAUCAGCGAGAAAUUCAGGCCCAACAUUGACUUUUCAUAUCCUUGUCUCCCACUCACCAUGGCAACUUCUUUUCCUCCAGGAAUGCCGAGAGCUGUUGAAGGUAUCUCAUGAUUGCGAUGCAAUGGAAUUGAAGCAAGCUUUUCUCCAACUUGCAAAGAAAUACCACCCUGACAGUGGAUCUACUCAUGCAUGCGCCACUACAUUUGCCAAAAUUGAAGCUGCAUACAGGACGCUAUCAGAGCAUCUUGCGAAGGAAAAAGCUCACAUCUCUGCAGAGGAAAAAGAGGAGCAAGACUUUGAGAUUAAACACACUGUCCCACAGCAUCGUCAAUAUCUCAGCUUUGACGGAGUUGGAGCGGGAACACCAGCACAACGACAGAAGCAAUAUCAGGCAUAUCGAGCUGCCAAAGCUUCGGAAAAUGUGCUAGAACACCGAAUUCAGGGAAUCCAUGCCCAGUAUGAGGAUUCAUUGGUCACCAAAGACAAGAGAGAAGCCAGGAAGAUCAAGACUAGGUAUGGGAUGGAGAGACUGGUGGAAGAUUUGAUUCAGGAGUCCAUGGCACGAGGUGAUUUUGAGAAUCUUCCUGGAAAAGGCAAACCUCUCAAGUAUCAGCCUCCCAACCCAUACGUUGAUACUAUCACUCACAAGUUGAAUCAGGUGUUGGUGGAAAAUGGGUAUAUGCCAGAAUGGAUUCUUCUGGAAAAGGAAAUCCGCGAAGAGAAAUCAAACAUCAAGUGUACCCUGUCUGAAAUGCGUGCUAGACAUGGAGCUUUUCCUUUGGAUGAGUAUUCUGUGAUUGAAUGGAGCAAAGACAUUGCUCAACUUGAGGACAGGAUGAGCAAGAGGAAGAUAUCAAGAGAUGAGGAGGUGAUUGGAGGGAGUGAAAUAUCCAAGCUUGUGAGGUUUGAAUCUGCAUCAGAUUCAGAAAUUGCAGAGACAUUCCUUUCCAUUGAAAAAAGGCAAGUUGCUGAACUGUUGGCACUAGAUAAUCCAAGCCCAAUUGUGUUUGUGUACAAUCCCUUGUCUUAUGCUGCUGAGAUUCACAAGACAUUCAUCAAGAAAUUCUGCAAUAGCCACAAGGAUGUUUUGUUCUUGGGCAUGAAUCCAGGGCCUUGGGGCAUGUGUCAGACUGGAGUUCCUUUUGGUGAAGUGAAUGUUGUGAGAGACUGGUUCAAGCUUUCAGGCCCAGUGAAGAAACCAGACAGAGAAAAUCCAACCCGUCCUGUGCUAGGCCUUGAUUGCAAGCGAACUGAAGUUAGUGGACAACGUUUCUGGCAGCUGUUCCAGGAGAUUUGUGGCACCCCUGAAAAGUUCUUUAAGAAUUGUUUUGUCCACAAUUACUGCCCAUUUGCUUACUUGCGAGACUCAGGAAAGAAUGUGACUCCACCUGAAAUUAAGGUUGAUGUGAGAAGACAGAUUCAGGAGAUAUGUGAUGUGGCCUUGUGUGAGGUUGUGAAGUUACUUAAAGUUAAGACAAUAAUUGGUGUUGGAAAUUAUGCCAAAGAACGUGCCAAGGCAGCAUUGAAGAACCAAGAUAUUGAGGGAAUAGCUGUUGAAGUGAUGAUGCAUCCCAGUCCAAUAAAUCCUGCAGCAAACAAAGGAUGGAAGCCAUCUGCACUGAACACCCUCACUGAUCUUGGCAUCAUGCAACAUCUCCUUAAACCAAGACUUAAUUGUGGGAAUGGGAUCCAAAGUGCACUUCCUCUGGUUAUUCAGGGGGGGAAUCCCUGUGCUCUGGUGUCCAAUCAGGAUAGUGCGCUGGCGUACGCGGGUCCGUCUGUUUGCUUCGCUGUGACUGGCAGAAUACAGUACGAGCUAUGUGCGCGUUAUGCCUUGCGGGCAAGGGCUUUCUUGGUCUCUUCAUCUCUCUUCAAGGACACAGAAGCACUGCAUAACACUGUGCGGACUUCAGGUUGGUCUAUCACCGAUGCCACCCACUGCCAGUGCCUUUACGAGGGAAUGACAACCAUCCGUCAAUUGAAGAUGACGGACUUCGCCGCGGAGCUGGUGUCCGUGAAAACAUUGGUGGAUAUUUUGAGGUCAUCGACUCCGAGUGCUCGUUUCUGGGCCACACGCCGAUCUCCUGCUUACGGGUAUUCCGUUGACUGUGACGAAGUGUAUCCUGGCAUCUUCAUCGGUGAUAUGGAAGCGGCGAAGAGCAAGUCUUUCCUGCGAGCAGCCGAGAUCACGCACGUGUUGAAUGCAGCAGAGGGCUCCACGUUCGGCAUGGUGAACACCGGCUCCCACUUUUAUCAAGGAACCAGGAUCGUUUACCUUGGCUUGAGACUUGCCGACCUUCCCAAUGCCGACAUCAGUCGGUAUUUUCUUGAAGCUGCCAACUUCAUCGAGAACUGCCUCAAAAGCGGAGGGAAGGUGCUGGUCCAUUGUAUGAUGGGACGAUCGAGAUCAGCCACGUUGGUGGUGGCGUACCUGAUGAUCAAGGAGAAGAUCCGAGUGACGACUGCGAUGCGAAUGUUGCGGACGAUUCGAGAUGUCCGUCCCAAUGACGGAUUCCUCCAUCAAUUGGUGGAAUUGGACCAACGCCUUCGACUUCAGUCCCCCGAGUACGGCAGGAAAUCCGAGAUCCUCGCCACUCAGGGCACCAUCAAAGAUGUCUUUAAUCAUCCUCAUCACAUUCAAAGCCUUUCAUUGGAGUUUCUUGAUAUUUCAUGGAAACCAAAAGAUGCCUCUUCAAUGAAGAAAAUCCUUGGUGAUGUUGUAGCUUCCUGUUCCCCUGGUCAGACUACCCAACUUAUAUGUGGCAAAUAUGCCUUGGAAGUGGAUUUAAACACUCCAUGGUAUGAUUGCUGGAGGCAUACAUUCCUCAUGCUUCAGCAUCCUGGUGAAUAUGACUUUGUGAAACAUGCUAUUGCAUGUUUCAUUGUGGUCUCAUCAAGCCACAAUAACCCCAUUGAACAGUUUAAAACUAUGAGUGGAGAUCUGAAUCGCUUCCAGCAUGAUACCAGUCGUUGCCAUAUCAAGUGGCUCCUUCCUACUGUUCUCAAGUAUUACAUCUUUGUACAUGAUGUAUCUGAUGGAAAUCUUGAAAAAGCAAGGAUAGCAUUUGAUAAAGUAUCAGAGCAAUUUGGCAGUGCCUUCUGCCACAUGCUUCAUAUGAAUUCCAAGCAGCAGGCUGAUGAGGAAGAGUCUUACUCAUUAACUGACUUGUGGUCUGGAUUCAUCAAUCAACAAGCUGUGUUUGAAAAUCCAGUUGCAGUGGAAGAUCCAUCAAUAACCCCAGGGGAGGCAUCAGCUCUGCCAUCACAUGUUCAGGAAGGAACAAGUGAAUCUCCUGCUGGGUUCCACACACCAUCCUCAGGCCUUUUAACCCCUGUCCUUUCCAACAUGGAGUCAUCAGUCUCAGCCCCUGAGUUGGCCUUUGAUGUGACUGAUGGGCUGGGUAUGCCUCAAAGUGUCAUCUUCCAUCCUCUUUCCCCUGAUGCAGAAGCAAGACCAGAGUUCUAUAUCAGUAAAGAGGACAAUGAGGAGGAUUCUGGAUUGCAAAUGCCUAUUAAUCCUGAAGUGUGGGGUGCUCUAAGUACAGCUGCUCCCAAGAAGCAUGGUGUUUGCCUUACACCCUCUGACCUGGAUCGAAUUCGCACAUUCUUGUAUGAGUUCUGCAUGAGGGCUCUUUUUCCAUUUGUGGAAAGGCAAAUUCGAGCCCUGUAUGAUUCUGUAGGAAAUCGGAAGGGGAUCCAUAGAUCUUUCAUUACAGCUACCAAGAAGUGGUUUGCUGGUGGGAAACCAGGUGUAAGUCAGCAUGGAUCAACCUCAGUUUUCUAUAACCCUGAAGCAUGUGAACUUCAGCUGCGUCGCCUUGGAGAUCUUGCCCUACAGUUCCGGCUCUAUGCCCUUGCAUAUCAAUUCUUACAUGCAGCUAAAAGGGACUUUAAUGCAGAUCAAGCAUGGGCUUAUUUUGCUGGUGCCUCAGAGAUGGCUGCCCUGGCCAUGUUUCUGCAAGGCCAAAAGCAAUUUCCUCAGCGUUACUUUGACACUGCCAUCAAUGUCUACCUGAAUGUUUGCAUGCAUCCUGAAUUGGCCACUAGGACAGCUAUUUUGAGUACAGAGUGUCUGAAGUCAGUAGGGGAGUAUGGAGAAGCAGCUAAGAUUUGCUUGAAGCUGACACAUGAGGACUCGGACUUGAGGAGUGCUGUCAUGCUAGAGCAAGCAUCUCUCUGCUUCCUCUUGUCUAGUCCACCUAUGCCUAGAAAAUAUGGCAUACACAUGAUACUGGCUGGACAUAGAUAUGGAAAAGCUGGACUGCGGAAGCAUGCCUUGCGCUCCUAUCAACAUGCUUUCCAGACAUACAUGGGCAAAGGGUGGAAAAUGGCAGAGGACCACAUUCACACUACAGUUGGGAGACAUGCAAAUCUCAUAGGUGAUACAGAACUAGCAGAAGCUGCCUUUCGAGAGCUCCUCUCAGAAUACAGCUGUCAGACUCCUGUUGCUCAGACAGGAUUCCUCAGGGACUACCUUGGUGCCUUCCAGGCUGAAUUGGAUGAUGGCAAGGAAGGAGGUAAGCUGCUGGAAUUUCCUUUGCCAAUAUUGAAGGACCUAGAAACAGUGGUGCUACUUUCUCCAUCUGUGACUAUUGAAGAUGCCAUAAACUCCUUGCCUUCUCUCCUCCCAGAGUGGAAGAAUUUGGAAGAGUCUGCAAUAAUGGAAGGGCAGGGAUCUCUACCUGUAACCCCUGUGUUUCGUCCCUCAUAUUCCUUCUGCUCCCAAUUCACAGAUAAUACUGCCAAACCAAAGGUGUACAUUGGAGAGACCCUGAGAGUCCAGAGCACAUUAAUAAAUCCUUUUGGUAUACCUCUGAACCUUUUACAAGUUUGCUUGCUGUGGAUAUUUGUGCAAAGGGAUGGAACAGAAAAGUCUAACAUCUCAAAGCAAUAUUUGAUUGCCUGCAGUCAGAAUUCUACUUCCGUGGAGACACAAGUUUUGGAGUCCCUUACCUUGGAACCAUCUUCCACAACAAAGUUGGAAUUGUCUCUGAAAAUCUGGGAAGAAGGGGAGCUGCAAAUCAUUGGUAUGGCAUAUCAUUUACAAGGACCUAGUGUGGAUGCCUGUGGCAUGAAGAGUUUCAAAGUUCAUGGUCCACGACUCAACAACACCAAACAGGAGAAAUGUGGAAGGGUCUAUGGUAUUGACAAUCGCUUGAACCUUGUUGUUCAUUCCCCCAUGCCUGUGCUGCAGGUGGAGGUUCAAAAUUUGCAGUCACGUGUGUUAUGUGGAGAAGUGCAAAAGGCUUGUCUUCUUGUGAAGAAUUUGGGAUCUUGUCCCUUGACUGGUCUACGAGUGGCUACAUCGUGGAAGCAUAGAAUCCUAUUCACCUGUCAAGAGAUUGAGCAAGAAGAAGAGACCAAUAAAGGAGAUCCUCCAUCUGUGUGCAUAUCAGAAGCAACAAUGAUGAAUAACUUGCAAGAUCCAUUUGUGACUGUGAUCAAAUUGCCUCGUCUCUUUUUGGACAGUGGUGAAGAGCAUAUGACUCCCAUAUGGGUGUGUGCACCUGAAAAAGUUGGUUUGUAUGAUAUUCCACUUGUAUUCUAUUAUGAGGAGUAUCACCCUACACUUCCUGAAGAAGCUGGUGGUGGCUCCCUGCUGUGUCCAAGGUAUCGCAUUUUGCAUCAUGUGAUUCGUGUUGAGACCAUGAAUUCCUUGGGACUAGUGGCUGCAGUGCAAAGGAGUCCCAGAGUCCUCACAGAAGAUGCAGACCAAGUGGCUGAGAAGUUUCAACUUUCCCUGGAAUGCCAAAAUCUCAACGAGGUCCAAGAUGAAUCAAUUCUUGAGUUGACACUGGAUCAGAUGGUGACCUGCAGUCCCUCGUUAUUAAUAUCUGGCUUUCAGACACCAUACAGCUUCAUUCUCAGGGCUAAGGAGAGGCUUCAUUUCUUCAUAUAUCUCCAUAAGAAAAUGGAGGAUAUUAAUGGGUCUUCCCACACUAUAUCUCAAGUUACACUUACUGAGAAGAAGGGAAGCUCCAGCAUCCCAUGCAUGGAAUUAUUUGAGCUGGAGAGAGCCAUCUUGAAAGCAAAGGCAGCAUUAGCAGAAGAAGAAGAACGAAUGACAAGCGCUCCUGGGACGAAGCUAGAGGAUUGCAGACCAAUUGAGGAAGUUGUUAGCACUUGCAUUGAUCUCCUAGUCAUAUUUCUCUGGAAAUGUAAUGUGGUGGAGGAAGAUGGAAAGAUGCGAAUUGCUCAUGGCCUUCAUAUGAUUCACUUGGACAGUCUGGACAUUCCAAUUUCUACCUCUGACUUAGGAGCUCCACUCAGUGAUCGCCCACCUCUGACUUUUGGCAAAGUCCAUUUGUCUUUAUCUCCAGGUUCAGCUUGCUCAUCAGGACUUUCUGAACAUCUUGUGAAAUGUACAUUCAAGCAUCAAGCCUUUGUCUCUCAUGACUUUAAGCAGACUCGUGAUGGUCAGUCUGGAUACGAGGAGACCCAGUUAUCAAUUUACUUUAAAGUUUACAACUAUGCUGCUGGACUAGCUAAUCAAGCUGAUCAGUUCUUCACUGUGGGGCUUUCCAAUGGACUUAUUAAGCUGUGA